AUGUCGGUCGACACUGCUAGCUCUGACACAGUCUUUAGCAUUCUCAACAAGGGCUUGAAACUUGAAACCGUUGAAGAUGUCCAAACUUUUGUAGAGGAAAUAUUAGCAAAAGAAAAGUUAGAAACAGUGAUUUUGAGCGGGAAUUCGUUUGGCGUUGAGGCAGCUCAGGCCCUUGCUGGAGCUCUAAAAAAUAAAAAUUCAAUCAAGGUAGUCAACGCAUCAGAUAUAUUUACGGGACGUCUUCGAGACGAAGUUCCGCAAGCAGUCAGGGCAAUCUGCGAUGCGCUCGAAGACAAGCAGAGUCUAGUUGAAUUGAACUUUAGCGAUAACGCUUUCGGCCCGGCAGGAGCAGAACCAAUGGUCGACUUUUUAACGAACAACCGGUGGUUCCAGGUACUGAAACUGAAUAACAACGGAUUAGGGGUACGUGGUGGUACUAUAAUUGGCCAAGCCCUACUCGAGGCGGCAAAGAAAAACAAUGAGGAAGGCAAAAAAUCUUCUCUUAGAACUAUCAUUGCCGGCCGCAAUCGAUUAGAGAACGGGUCGAGUAAAUAUCUGGCUAAUGCAUUUGCUGCACAUGGUACUCUAGUUGACAUAAGAUUACCACAGAAUGGUAUCAGACCGGAAGGCAUUGCUGUAUUCUCAAAAGGGCUUGCGGCAUGUAAAGACUUGGAAGUGAUCGACUUUCAGGACAACACAUUUACAACCGACGGAUCUGUGGCAUUCGCAGAGGCACUGCCAAAAUGGAAAAAAUUGAAGAAUCUGAAUAUUGGUGACUGCAUGUUGGAAGUUGCCGGCGGUGUGGCUAUAGUAGAAAGUCUUUUAAAAGGAUGUAACAAUCAGUUGCAGACAUUAAAUCUCCAGUAUAAUGAAAUUGAUAGAAAGUCAGUGUCCUUGUUGGCGCAAGCCAUUUCUUCUCAUCUCAAAGAGCUGUCCUCAUUAGAGUUAAACGGUAAUAAAAUUCAUCCUGAAGAUUCGUCCAUCGCUGAUGUCAAGGCUGCUCUCGAGGAACAUGGACAUGAUAACGCUUUGGGAGAUCUACACGACAUGGAAAAUGGAUAUUCCUUGAGAGUAGGUGGAGAAAAGACAGCAAGCAUUCCUCCUCACGGCCAUCAUUAUUGA